UCUCCAUGGAGGUGCAUGGAUGCAUCACAACGAGGCCGGCUUCUCAACCAUCUUGCAGACCUUAUUGAAAGGGAUAGGAUCUAUUUGGCAUCCUUGGAAACUCUGGACAAUGGCAAACCUUUUACUGCAUCAUAUGUUGUAGAUUUGGAACUAACCAUUAGGGUAUACAGAUAUUUUGCUGGUUUUGCAGACAAAUGGCACGGAAAAACUAUCCCCAUGGAUGGUAACUACUUUUGUUAUACCAGGCAUGAACCGGUUGGGGUCUGUGGGCAGAUUAUUCCAUGGAAUUUCCCAUUGUCAAUGCAAGGAUGGAAGCUGGCUCCUGCCUUAGCCACUGGUAACACUGUUGUCAUGAAGGUUGCUGAGCAGACACCACUUUCUGCCUUGUACAUGGCUUCCUUGAUUAAAGAAGCUGGGUUUCCUCCUGGGGUUGUAAAUAUUUUAACUGGUUAUGGACCUACUGCAGGGGCAGCCAUAGCGAGACACAUGGACAUCAACAAAGUAGCAUUUACUGGUUCCACAAAAGUUGGUCACUUAAUCCAGCAAGCAGCGGGUGAGACAAACCUUAAAAGAGUCACACUGGAACUUGGGGGUAAAAGUCCAUGUAUUGUUCUGGCAGAUGCAAACUUAGAACAUGCUGUAGACCAGUGUCAUGAGGCUGUGUUUUUCAACAUGGGGCAGUGUUGUACUUCAGGUUCCAGAACCUUUGUUGAAGACUCAAUCUACAAUGAAUUUAUUGAAAGAAGUGUGGAGAAGGCUAAACAAAGAAAAGUAGGCAACCCUUUCGAGCUAGAUACGCAACAUGGUCCACAAGUUGAUAAAGAACAAUUUGACAAGAUAUUUGGCUAUAUCAAAUGUGGCAAAAAUGAAGGUGCUAACCUUUUGUGUGGAGGAGAACGUCAUGGUGAUGAGGGCUUCUUCAUCAAGCCUACUGUUUUUGCUGAUGUCCAAGAUACCAUGAAAAUUGCAAGGGAAGAAAUAUUUGGGCCUGUGCAGUCAGUGUUUAGGUUUAAAAACACUGAAGAGGUUAUUGCAAGGGCCAAUGAUACUCGAUUUGGAUUAGCGGCGGGAAUAUUUACACAAGAUUUGGACAGAGCAAUGUAUUUCAUCCAAGCUUUACAAGCUGGUACAGUAUGGGUUAAUACAUUCAACGCUAUAGCAUGUCAGGCACCAUUUGGAGGAUUUAAAGAGUCUGGAAAUGGCAGGGAGCUUGGAGAAGAUGGGCUUAAACCUUACACUGAAGUAAAAACUGUGACAAUUAAAAGCCCACCCAAAAACACAUAAGCAAGCAAAAGUGCUUAAUUAUGUGGUCAGGUGCGUGGGAAUUUCUGGUAUCAAUUAAAAUACUGAAGUGUAAUUCUAAAUAUCGAAAGAUCUGCGUCUGGCUAGCUAUGCACAUUUAUAAAACUAAAUGUAUCCUAAGUGAAAUGGCCAUUAUACAUUGAAUGCUUUUUUUACGUUACAGACGAUAACAUUCAUGUUCUACAAUUAAAAGUUACCAAUCCUUAGCAGUUAAAGUACGCUGAACUAGUUUCCUCUAGUGGUUUGUUAAGCUCUGUAUGUUUUCCCCUAGUAGAAGGGUUUGAGCUAGACAGUCUAAUAUAUCUGUGUGAGUAUGUGUGGUGGAGUGUCAGUAACAAAGCACAAACACCUUGCACAACACCAAGA